AUGCUUGAUGUGAACGUCAAGGUCAUCCUUCAAUCUAAUAACCGGAUGGGGAAGGACUUGCGCAUCGAGCGUCUCAUACUGCAGGGUCACAGAACUUGGAGGUUAGGGUAUAGGUUUGGAAUUUUGAUUCUAGAACGAUUUAAGAAUCCAAAGACCAAACCCAGCAACAACCAACAAAAUCCUACAGAAGCACACCAGGCCGGCGUACCAUUCUCCACUUCUAUCACUUCUAUCGUUCCACCCCCACAUCUCUUCUUACAAAACUCCGAUUUCAAUACUCUCGAGUCUCGAUCCUCAUCUUCCAAUUGUUUCUAUAUCUGCUAUAUCAGAACUUGUGAAUUGUCAACUGUCGCUACUAGCUUGGAACGUUUGAAAUCGAACAAUCCAACUUUUGAUCUUUAUAAACAUCAUCUCACAGGCUCGGAACGUGUGAAAUCGAACAAUCCAACUUUUGAUCUUUAUAAACAUCAUCUUACAGGCUCGGAACGUGUGAAAUUCAACGAUCCAACUUUUGAUCUUUAUGAACAUCAUCUUACAGGCUCGGAACGUGUGAAAUUGACUGUCCUACUAGCUCGGAACAUUAGAAAUCGUGUGGUCCAACUUUUAAUCUUUACAAACAUCAUUGAACAGUACGGGGAAAUCAAUUGGAAUCUCAACUUUUGA